CAAACUACUCGACCUUAUUAUAGUCAUCAACCUUUAUAAUGCUUAGAGUUUCAAAGAAGUUCUUCUCGUCCACGGCCUCCCGUUUGGACACUCUUGUUUUCCUUGAAUCCUCUGGAUCAAAAAUAACACCAGCAUCCCUUUCCACUGUCACUGCAGCUUCUCAAAUUGGCAAGCCAGUCACUGCUGUGAUCACUUCAAAGGAUGCUUCUGAAGAAGCUUCGAAGGUAAGUGGUGUGUCCAAGGUUUUGGUUGCAUCCGGCUCUCAAUACUCCCACUCUUUAGCUGAAGAAUUGGCUCCACUUUUCAAGGACAUUAUCAAUGCUCAAGGUUUCACCCAUUUAGUCACUCCAGCUUCUGCUGUGGGUAAAUCUGUCUUGCCACGUGUAGGUGCAUUGCUUGAUGUUCAACCAGUCUCUGAUGUGAUCAAGGUUGUUUCCGAUAAUACUUUUGUUAGACCAAUAUAUGCUGGAAAUGCAUUGGCUACAGUUAAGUCCAAUGAUUCGGUCAUUCUUGCCAGUGUUAGAGCUUCUGCAUUUGCUCCAGCUACCGUGGACGCCUCUUCAGUCCCUGUCGAGGAAUUCAGUGCCACCACUCCCUCGGAAAACAGAACAGAAUUCGUUUCUGAGUCAUUAAUCACUUCAGAAAGACCAGAAUUGGGUUCUGCCAGUAGGGUUGUUUCAGGUGGUCGUGGGUUGAAAAAUAAGGAAACUUUCGAAGCCUUGAUCGAACCAUUGGCCUCCAAGUUGAAUGCAGCCGUCGGUGCUUCGAGAGCUGCCGUCGAUUCUGGUUUCUGUGAUAACUCCUUACAAGUUGGUCAAACUGGUAAGAUUGUUGCCCCAGAAUUAUAUGUUGCCAUUGGUGUUUCCGGUGCCAUCCAACAUUUGGCCGGUAUGAAGGAUUCAAAGACUAUUGUGGCUAUAAAUAAGGACCCAGAUGCUCCGAUUUUCAACAUUGCCGAUAUCGGAUUGGUGGCUGAUCUCAAUGAAGCAGUUCCAGAAUUGACCGAAAAAUUGUAAAUCUCCCGUA